UGGAGGGAGGCCGGCUUUUUUAGGAGGGAGACCCUCCUUCGCGGCCGCCCGCUCGCAGCCAUGGCUUUGAAGGAGGCGGGCGGCAGCAUCCUGCCCAUCAGCGACAUGGUAUCGGGGCCGUCGGGCUCGCCGUUCCCCGAGGUGGUGGAGCUGAACGUGGGAGGCCAGGUGUACGUGACGAGGCACUCCACGCUGCUCAGCGUCCCGGACAGCACGCUGGCCACCAUGUUCUCCCCGUGCCGGGGCGGCCCGGCGGCGGCCCGCCAGCUGCCCAGGGACAGCCGGGCACGCUUCUUCAUCGACCGCGACGGCUUCCUCUUCAGGUACGUGCUGGAUUACCUGCGGGACAAGCAGCUGGCGCUGCCCGAGCACUUCCCCGAGAAGGAGCGGCUCCUGCGGGAGGCCGAAUACUUCCAGCUGGGCGACCUGGUGAAGCUGCUGUCGCCCAAGGUCACCAAGCAGAGCUCGCUCAACGACGAGGGCUGCCAGAGCGACCUGGAGGAUAGCAAUUCGCAGGGCAGCAGCGACCGGCUUCAGCGGGCGGCGCUGGACAAGCGCUCGGGCUUCCUCACCGUGGGCUACCGCGGCUCCUACACCACGGUGCGGGACAACCAGGCGGACGCCAAGUUCCGCCGCGUCGCCCGCAUCAUGGUGUGCGGUAGGAUCGCCCUAGCCAAGGAGGUCUUCGGAGAGACCCUCAAUGAGAGCCGCGAUCCCGACCGCCCCCCCGAGAAGUACACCUCCCGCUUCUACCUCAAAUUCACCUACCUGGAGCAAGCUUUCGACCGGCUCUCCGAGGCGGGCUUCCACAUGGUGGCUUGCAACUCCACCGGCACCGCCGCCUUCAUCAACCAGUACAGGGACGACAAGAUCUGGAGCAGCUACACCGAGUACAUCUUCUUCAGGCCCCCCCAGCGAACCGUUUCCCCAAAACAAGACCAUGAAGAAAGAAAACAUGACAAAGUCUUGGACAAGGGCAGUGAAAGUGGGACUUCCUGUAAUGAGUUGUCCACCUCAAGCUGUGACAGCCACUCGGAAGCCAGCACCCCUCAAGAAAACGCCACCAGCACUCAACCAUCCACAGCCCACCAGCCAAAUACUCUGACUUUGGAUCGUCCAUCUAAGAAGGCCCCAGUACAGUGGAUGCCACCUCCAGACAAACGCAGGAACAGUGAACUCUUUCAAACUCUCAUUAGCAAGUCCAGAGAAACAAAUCUUUCCAAAAAGAAGGUGUGUGAGAAGCUGAGUGUUGAGGAAGAAAUGAGAAAAUGUAUCCAAGAUUUUAAAAAAAUCCACAUUCCAGAUUAUUUUCCAGAGCGCAAACGUCCCUGGCAAUCCGAACUCUUACAGAAAUAUGGGUUAUAGUGAUCAACUCUUUCAUGACGUAUCUCUGGGGCAUUUGAUGUUUAUUACAUUGCCACUAACUUACUGAUGUCCUCCUUCUGGCCAACUCUGCCACCAGAGCUAUUCCUGCUGCUUAUAUCUUUCUGUGAACAGUGGAUGUUGGAUAGUACAUGUUUUUCUUUAAAAAUAUAUAUAUAAAAAGAUAGAAACUUAAAAAAUGCAAGAGACAUCUCAUCUAAACCACUUCAUAAUAGCAAAGAAAAAAGUGCAUGGUUAAGAAAGAUGGUUUUCUAACUGUAGUCAGUUGGGCUUCAUUAUUGUUUUGGAACUUACCAAAUAAAAAUCUCAAUCAUCAGUUAACAUCUCAUUUUAUGUCACCAAUAAAGAUGACUCAGACUUACUAAGGAUGAAGAGAAACAGGGUUUAAAAUUCAAUUGAACAGAUUUUGGAACUAAUUCUCAACAUUCUCUCAAUGUUAAUGCAAUAAAGCAAAUACCUAUUUUGCAUGAGCACAAUGUUACAAAUAAAUCACACAAGAACAAGAGGUUGUCUGUUGCUUGGAGAACUAUUUGUUUGAUACCAAGCCUAUAAACAUAAAACGUCUAAGGGAUUGAAUUUACUUUGUUCUGGACCUGUGAUUUUUUUGUGUGUACAGUGUUCUGUAUGUAAGGAUGGUGUAAAUAUGCCUUAUAUUGUUUUAUUAUUGCACCAAUAACGUUCAUCUAUUAGUGCUUGUCAGGAUUAUUUCUGUGAAAUGCAAAUUUACGGCAGAUUGUGAAAACUGGUUUGAUGGUCUGAAAGUUUUUAUGUUAAUCGCUAAAAAUGGAGAAAAAUAAAAGAGACUUUAAUGUAUUUAUUAAAAGAACCAUCUGGUAGA